UGGAUAUCUGAUCGUCAUCGGCGAUGAGAGUGGUUAGUAAUCAAUAUAAUGGAGACCGGCAAAGCAUUUCCUGAUGUGGAAAAUUGCCGGUCGGAAGGGAGGGAGAAGGACGCGGUGGUGGUGGACAUGGACGGAACGUUGUUGGUCGGAAGAAGCUCUUUUCCGUACUUCGCAUUGGUUGCUUUUGAGGUCGGAGGGAUUCUGAGGCUUCUUCUGGUGCUAUUGCUUGCGCCACUUGCUGGACUGCUUUACUAUUUUGUGUCGGAGUCCGCCGGAAUCCAGGUGCUCAUCUUCGCGACGUUCGCCGGAAUGCGAGUCUCCAGCAUCGAAUCGGUGGCGCGGGCGGUUCUACCGAAGUUCUACUCGGCCGAUCUGCACCCGGAGACGUGGCGCGUGUUCUCCUCCUGCGGGAAGCGGUGCGUGUUGACGGCGAAUCCGCGUAUUAUGGUGGAGGCGUUUCUGAAGGAGUUUUUGGGCGCGGAUCUGGUGUUGGGGACGGAGAUCUCGAGCUACGCCGGAAGAGCGACGGGGUUCGUUACGUCGCCGGGAGUGUUGGUCGGGAGGAAUAAGGCCGGCGCACUUAAGGCCGCCUUCGGCGAGGCGGUUCCGGAAAUUGGAAUUGGAGAUAGGCACACGGAUUUCGCGUUCAUGAAGAUGUGCAAGGAGGGUUUCAUCGUGCGCCCAAAACCAGAAGUGAAGGCGGUAACCGCAGACAAACUCCCAAAGCCGAUCAUAUUCCACGACGGCCGUCUGGUUCACAAGCUGACCCCCUUCAUGGCUCUUCUCACCGUACUGUGGAUUCCUCUCGGCUUCGUCUUGGCGUGCCUCCGCAUCGCCGCCGGCUCGCUCCUCCCAAUGCCGAUGGUAUACUACGCUUUUUGGGCGCUCGGCGUGCGAGUAACCGUCAAGGGUACUCCGCCGCCGCCGGUGAAGAAAUCCUCCGGAAAAUCCGGCGUCCUCUUCAUCUGCUCGCACCGGACGCUCCUCGAUCCGAUUUUCCUAUCGACGGCCCUCGGCCGCCCAAUCCCCGCCGUCACGUACUCCGUCUCUCGAUUAUCAGAGAUUAUAUCUCCGAUCAAGACCGUACGCCUAAGCCGCGAUCGCGCGACCGACGCGGCCAUGAUUAAGAAGCUUCUAGAAGAAGGAGACCUAGCCAUCUGCCCCGAGGGGACGACCUGCCGCGAGCCGUUCCUCCUCCGGUUCAGCUCGCUCUUCGCGGAGCUGACGGACGAGCUGGUGCCGGUGGCAAUGGUGAAUCGGAUGAGUAUGUUCCACGGCACGACGGCGCGUGGGUGGAAGGGGAUGGACCCGUUUUACUUCUUCAUGAACCCGAGCCCUUCUUAUGAGGUGACGUUCCUGAAUAAGCUGCCUCGUGAGCUGACCUGUGGAGCCGGCAAGCCGAGCCACGAUGUGGCUAAUUACAUUCAGCGGGUGUUAGCCGCCACGCUGUCGUACGAGUGCACUGCCUUCACCAGGAAGGACAAAUACCGCGCGCUGGCGGGAAACGACGGCUCUGUCGUCGAGAAGAAGCCGAGCCAAGCCAUGGGAUGCUGACUCAUCUCCAUCGUCCAUUUUCUUUGAUAAUCAAUACAUGACAACACAAACAACAAACCACCCCUGAAAAUUUUC